UCAGAAGCUUGCAAACAUCAUUCUUAGAAGCUUUUCUUCUUCUUCUUCUUCUUACUGAAACCUUUUUCAAGAGAGUACUGAAGAUGGGAAGGCCACCGUGCUGUGACAAGGAUGGCGUCAAAAAGGGGCCAUGGACUCCAGAAGAGGACAUAAUCUUAGUCUCCUACAUCCAAGAACAUGGGCCUGGAAAUUGGAGAGCUGUUCCUACCAAUACUGGGCUUUUGAGAUGCAGCAAGAGUUGCAGGCUCCGGUGGACGAACUACCUCCGGCCGGGGAUAAGGAGGGGAAACUUCACGGAUCAAGAGGAGAAGCUCAUCGUGCACCUCCAAGCUCUGCUGGGAAACAGAUGGGCGGCGAUCGCUUCGUAUCUGCCGGAGAGGACGGACAACGACAUCAAGAACCACUGGAACACGCACCUGAAGAAGAAGCUCUGGAAGCUGGAGAGCGACCCCGAGGUCAGUAUCCAGCCGGGCUGCAGGUCGAUGGCGAAAGGGCGGUGGGAGAAGUGCCUGCAGACGGACAUCGGCAUGGCGAAGAGGGCGCUCAGCGAGGCCCUGGCGGUGGAGAGGCCGCCGCCGGAGGCGUCCGCCACCAGCUACGCCUCCAGCACCGAGAACAUCUCGCGACUCCUGCAGACGUGGAUGAAGCCCGGCCGCCGCGGAGCCGCCUCCGGCCGGCCGGGGCGGAGCGAGCCGGCAUCGAGCCAGGGGAGCGUUAGUACGUCGGCGGCGGCUGCGGGGCUGAACGAGGACUCCUCGCCGCCUCCGCCGCCUUUGAUGUCGUAUCUGGAGUCGUGGCUGCUGGACGAGACCGAAGGGCAGGAUGGCUUCCUGGAUGAUUUGCUCUGACUAAAAAAUUCCAAAAACAGGUAGCAUUUUUAGAGAUCAGAUCAUCUGUUCCGGAAAUAUCGUGUCCCCCGUGUUCUAGUACAGAUCAAAUGAACUAAAUUACAUCUCAAAAAUACAAUGUACAUCAUGAAAUUAUCGUAACCGUCUGAUCAGCAUUGGAACAUAAAGACAUGAUAUUUUCGGGACAGAGAAUCUUAUCUCACUUUUUUUUAGAUCUUUAAAUCGACAUGCAGACGAUUAAAACAGAGGGAAGUGUAAAUUAUGUGUAAUUUAGAAUGAGAUAUGAUUUCU